CUUAUUAUCCCUUUACACAAAUUGAAACCCCAAUUUCCUAAAUUUUCCAUUUCGUGCCAAAAAAAGAAAAUUGGUUUCAUUCAUUGAAAUUCACGCAACAGAGAACAUUCUGCUCUUGCAUAAUUCCGAAUUGGAAUGCCUUGCAAAUUCUGAAUCGAAUCAAGGGACUAAGAAGACGAACUUCUUGGUCCCUCUCAGUAGGGUUUUUUAUGAGAACAGAAAAACGAUAAUGAGCGUGAGGAAUCACACCCCAUUCUUCGGGACUGAAAUUCAUGCUUCUUUUGAUGGUAACAACAGCAGCUUCAGAAAAAGCCAAAGGAACCUCUUUCAUUUGGACAGAAGGAACUUCCCAAAAAAGGGUUUCCUUCGUAGGAGUGUUGUUUCUGCAAAACAAGGAUUCCCGGUAAGCCAAGCAUUUAGGUUUCCUCAAUUUUGUCGCCAAAAUGUGAACUUGUUGAGUAGGAACCUCGGUUCCACAAGUGUGUCGAGGUUGAAUUGCACCAGGGAACCCUUUUUUAGGAGCAAGGUUUUGGUGAAUUUUGAUUUGAGCAAUUUAUGGAGUGAGGGGUUAAUGUUGUUUAGGGCUUCUGUUUACACUGCAGUUGUAUCUGGUGUGUGCAUUUUGGCUUGGUAUGGUAGGAAUAAGGCCAAGGCUUAUGUUGAAGCAAACCUCUUGCCUUCGGUUUGUUUGGCGGUUAGUGAGUACAUUGAACGUGACCUUCAGUUUGGCAAGGUUAGAAGGAUCUCGCCUUUGAGCAUUACGUUGGAGUCGUGCUCGUUUGGGCCGCAUAAGGAGGAGUUUUCGUGUGGUGAGGCCCCCACGGUGAAGCUUCGGCUUCAUCCCUUUGCGAGCUUGAGGAGUGGGAAGUUUGUGGUUGACGCGGUCCUGUCGCAGCCGAGUCUCUUGGUGGUGCAGAAGAAGGACUAUACUUGGCUGGGGAUCCCUCCACCAUCUGAAGAUGGCUUGCAGAGACACCUUUCUACUGAAGAAGGGAUUGAUUAUAGGACUAGGACCAGGAGGAUUGCACGAGAAGGAGCGGUUGCUCGGUGGACACAAGAGAGGGAUGAUGCGGCUAGGGAAGCUGCACACAUAGGUUAUUUUGUUUCGGAGCCAAAUUGUGAUGAUGUGAAGGAGAUUCCUAAUAAUUUGUUGGAGGCAACAUACUCUAAGUCUUUUUUCUGUACGAAUGAGGGGAAGCAUGACCAUCAUUGCAUGGACACAGGUGUUGAUUAUAAUACAAAACAUGCAGCAUUGGAAAAAUCAUUUGGAGUGAGAUCAUUUGGAUUUUUUUCCAGAAUCAUAAAAGGGCAUCGGAAACACAAAUUUAAGAGGAAGCCUAACAAGAAGGAUAUCUGUGCAUCCGGUGUUGCUGUCAAAAGAAGAAUUCUUGAACGCAGUGGGUUAGCAGCGCACAAAUUCUUCCAAGAUCAAUCACCUGGGAAGUUUGGGGAGCCUCCAUCAUCUUCUGGGUGUUUACCUUAUACAAACCAUGAUAUGCAGUUAGUUAAAACCGUGGUUGGAAAAAAUGAAGAAUCUGUUGUUGGUGGAACUGAUAACCAAAAUGGAACACAGUUCAGAGAUUUGGGAAUCUGGUCUCCUUCGGCAAAUGAAAACAUAAAUGGUGAUUCAGAUUAUUUAAAAUUUGUCCGCGCUCUGAAUUUACAGACAAGAGAGAGUAAACAUGAAAAUUUGCAAUCUAGUGAAGACAUUGUGGCACCUGUUGAUACUGAUAAUAGUACAGAGAAACAUGAAGAGUUCCGACCCCAUGCUGCAGACAGUCAAAUCAAUGAUAAUGUCACUGGGGUAAAAAAAAGCUUGGUACCUGAGGAUUUGGAUUCUCUGAUGCCCAGGCCUGAAUUGGCAACACAUUUUCAAGUUCCAUUUGAGGCAUUGAUUGGGAAACUUGGAUUGCACUCAUUUUUAAGAAAUACACAGGAGUCGAUGUUUGGUUUCCUUUCUGGUCCCAUCGAAAAGUUGAAGUCUGAUGUAGGAGUAAAAGUUGAAGAUAUUGUUGCAGAGCAUGUAGAUGACGUUGAUGCUUUGCAAUCUGAGGGCCUCAGUAAGAUGCUUCCUGUUACCUUGGAUUCUGUUCAUUUUAGAGGUGCUACUGUGAUGCUGCUUGCAUAUGGCGAUAGGGAAGCUAGGGAGAUGGAGAAUGUCAAUGGCCAUGUGAAGCUUAAUAACCACUACAGCCGUGUAAAUGUACAGCUUAGUGGAAAUUGUAAGACUUGGAGGUCUGAUGUCAUAUCUGAAGAUGGUGGCUGGUUGUCUGCUGAUGUUUAUGUUGACAUUAUUGAGCAGAAAUGGCAUGCUAAUUUGAAAAUUGAAAAUUUCUUUGUCCCGCUGUUUGAAAGGAUCCUAGAAAUUCCAGUUGGAUGGUCUGAAGGGAGGGCCAGUGGGGAGGUUCACUUGUGUAUGUCAAAGGGUGAAAAUUUUCCAAAUCUUCAUGGACAGCUUGAUGUGACGGGGUUGAACUUCCAACUAUUGGAUGCUCCAUCGUGUUUUUCUAACAUAUCAGCAAGUUUGUGUUUUCGUGGUCAAAGAAUAUUUUUGCACAAUGCAAAUGGCUGGUUUGGUAGUGUUCCUCUAGAAGCAUCAGGAGAUUUUGGCAUCCAUCCCGAAGAAGGAGAAUUUCAUCUUAUGUGUCAGGUUCCUGGUGUUGAAGUAAAUGCGUUAAUGAGAACUUUCAAGAUGAGACCUCUUUUGUUCCCGCUAGCUGGAUCUGUCACUGCUCUAUUUAAUUGUCAAGGCCCACUGGAUACUCCUGUAUUUGUUGGCACUGGAAUGGUUUCUAGGACAUUCUCUACUUUACAUGAUACUCCUGAAUCUUUAGCAUCUGAGGCACUUGCUAAAAGUAAAGAGGCUGGUGCACUGGCAGCAUUUGAUCGUAUUCCAUUUUCGUAUGCAUCUGCCAAUUUUACUUUCAACACUGAUAACUGUGUUGCUGAUUUAUAUGGAAUUAGGGCAACCCUUGUGGAUGGAGGUGAAAUUCGAGGGGCUGGGAAUGCAUGGUUAUGUCCAGAGGGAGAGGAGGAUGAGACAGCCAUAGAUGUUAACUUAUCUGGAAGUUUGGCCGUCGAAAAAAUCUUGCUUCGUUACCUUCCCAAUUAUCACCAUCAGAUGCCACUCAAAUUUGGGGUUUUAAAUGGAGAGACAAAACUUUCGGGAGCUUUGUUAAGACCGAGAUUUGAUAUUAAAUGGACUGCACCUAAAGCAGUAGGGUCUUUUAGUGACGCUAGAGGAGAUAUCAUAAUCUCACAUGAUUUCAUUACUGUUAAUUCUGCUUCUGCUGCAUUUGAUUUGUAUAUGAAAGUCCUGACAUCCUAUUCUGAUGAUUUUGCCGUUAAGAGAGAUGAAUUUAAUGCACCAAGAGACAUUCCAUUUACUGUUGAUGGAAUUGAGCUAGAUUUGCGUAUGCGUGGGUUUGAAUUCUUCAGUUUGGUUUCCACUUAUACUUUGGAUUUUCCAAGACCUUUGGUUCUGAAAUCAACAGGAAGAAUCAAGUUUCAUGGAAAGGUUUUAAAGCCUAAUAGCAAUGUUAUUGGGCAGAAUUUUGAAAAUAACAGGCAUGAUGUGAUGAUGUUGGAGAAAGGAAGUGCAGAUAGCCUUGUUGGUGACAUUUCAAUAUCUGAUCUCAAACUGAAUCAAUUGAUGCUUGCACCUCAACUGUCUGGACAGUUGAGAGUUUCGUCGGACUGUAUCAAGUUGGAUGCAUCUGGAAGGCCUGAUGAAAGUCUUGCAGUGGAGUUUGUAGGGCCACUACAGCCCAGUAGCGAAGAUGGUCUCAUAAAUGGAAAACUAUUGUCCAUUUCUCUUCAGAAAGGGCAGUUGAGGGUUAACGCAGGUUUUCAGCCAUUUCAUUCUGCUAACUUGGAGGUACGGCAAUUUCCACUUGAUGAGUUGGAGCUUGCUUCUCUCCGGGGAACUAUACAAAGAGCAGAAAUCCAGCUUAAUCUUCAAAAGAGAAGAGGACAUGGCAUUCUCUCUGUACUUCGGCCAAAAUUCAGUGGUGUACUUGGUGAAGCCCUAGAUGUGGCAGCUAGGUGGAGUGGAGAUGUUAUCACCAUUGAAAAAGCUGCUUUGGAACAAAGCUACAGUCAUUAUGAACUUCAAGGUGAAUAUGUGUUACCUGGCUCCCGAGAUCGUAACCCUGUUGACAUAAAAGGGGAUCGCUUUAUAAAAAAGCUCAUGUCUGGCCAUCUUGGUAGCUUUAUAUCCUCAAUGGGCAGGUGGAGAAUGAAACUUGAAGUUCCAAGAGCUGAGGUUGCUGAGAUGCUUCCUCUUGCGAGGCUUCUUUCUAGAAGUACUGACCCUGCCGUUCUUUCGAGAUCAAAGGAUUUUUUUAUUCAAGGUUUGCAGACGGUGGGAUUAUAUUCUGCGAAUCUUCAACAGUUGCUCGAGCUAAUAAGGGGGCAUCAUGUUCCAUCACAAGAUGUGGUUCUUGAAGAUUUAAGCCUGCCAGGUUUAUCAGAACUCAAAGGUCGCUGGCGUGGCUCUCUUGAUGCAAGUGGUGGAGGGAAUGGAGACACCCUGGCAGAAUUUGACUUUCAUGGGGAGGAUUGGGAGUGGGGAGAGUACAAAACUCAGCGUGUUCUAGCCAUUGGUGCAUACAGUAAUGAUGAUGGUCUGCACCUGGAAAAAAUUUUCAUCCAAAAGGACAAUGCCACCGUUCAUGCUGAUGGAACUUUGUUAGGGCCCAAAACAAACCUUCAUUUUGCUGUUUUAAAUUUUCCUGUUAGUCUGGUCCCAACUGUAGUUCAGGUAAUUGAAUCUACAGCAACGGAUCUUGUUCAUUCUCUGCGGCAACUGCUAGCCCCAAUUAGGGGUAUAUUGCAUAUGGAAGGAGAUCUUAGAGGAAGUUUAGCAAAACCAGAAUGUGAUGUGCAAGUAAGGCUCCUGGAUGGUGCUGUUGGUGGAAUCGAUCUUGGAAGGGCUGAAAUUGUUGCUUCUCUAACCUCGACAAGUCGUUUUGUAUUCAAUGCAAAACUUGAACCUAUAAUCCAAAAUGGUCAUGUUCUAGUUCAAGGAAGUAUUCCUGUUGCUUUUGUGCAAAAUAACACGUUACAGCAAGAUGUAGAGCUAGAUAAAAGUGGGUUUAAUUGGGUUCCUGAAUGGGUGAAGGAGAGGAAUAGAGGGACUGGUGAUGAUGCCAAUGACAAAAAAGCUUCCAGAGACCGAAAUGAAGAAGAUUGGAAUAGUCAAAUAACAGAAAGCCUAAAAGGUUUAAAUUGGCAAAUCUUAGAUGCUGGAGAAGUUAGGGUUGAUGCUGAUAUAAAAGAUGGUGGAAUGAUGUUGGUAACUGCUUUAUCUCCUUAUGCCAAUUGGCUUCAUGGCAAUGCUGAUGUGAUGCUUGAGGUCCGAGGCACAGUUGAUCAACCGGUGCUUAAUGGAUAUGCAUCAUUCCACAGGGCAUCUAUUUCUUCACCAGUGUUGCGGAAGCCACUUACGAACUUUGGUGGCACAGUUAAUGUGAGAUCAAACAGAUUAUCCAUUGCUUCACUGGAGAGUAGGGUAAGCAGAAAAGGGAAGCUGUUUGUAAAAGGGAACCUUCCUCUCAGAACUAGUGAAGCAGCCCUCAAUGACAAGAUCGAGUUGAAGUGUGAAGCUCUGGAAGUUCGUGCAAAAAAUAUCUUAAGUGGUCAGGUUGAUUCCCAGGUGCAAAUAACUGGCUCUAUGUUGCAACCAAACAUAUCUGGGAAUAUUAAACUUAGUCAGGGAGAAGCAUAUUUGCCACAUGAUAAGGGUGAUAAGGGUGGUGGUGCUGCUUCGAAUAGAUUUCCAUCAAAUCAGCCUCCUCUACCUGCUGGUGGUGUUAGUCGAGCAUUUGCUUCAAGAUAUGUUUCACGGUUUUUCAGCUCAAAACCUGCUACUUUGACAACCCAAAUUUCACAAUCUGGUAGCUCUGUUAAGAAGACAAGUCAAGUUGAAAAGGACAUGGAGCAGGUGCAGAUAAAUCCAAAUAUAGAAGUCUAUCUUAGUGAUUUGAAGCUUGUGCUUGGACCAGAGUUGAAGAUAGUUUACCCGUUAAUCCUGAGUUUUGCUGUAAGUGGAGAGCUUGAGUUGAAUGGUCUUGCCCAUCCCAAAUGUAUAAAACCUAGAGGCAUACUCGCCUUUGAGAAUGGUGAAGUUGAUCUAGUUGCAACACAGGUGAGGUUGAAAAGGGAACACCUGAAUGUCGCAAAGUUUGAGCCUGAGUACGGACUUGAUCCUAUGCUAGAUUUAGCCUUGGUUGGAUCUGAGUGGCAAUUUAGAAUUCAAGGUCGAGCUAGCCAUUGGCAGGACAAGCUAGUGGUGACCUCAACGCAUUCUGUGGAACAGGAUGCACUGUCGCCUACUGAGGCUGCCAGAAGAUUCGAGAGUCAGUUAGCAGAAUCAAUUUUGGAAGGCAACGGCCAACUUGCAUUUGAAAAACUUGCAACUGCUACUCUUGAAAAGUUAAUGCCACGAAUAGAAGGGAAGGGAGAGUUUGGCCAGGCUAGGUGGAGGGUAGUUUAUGCGCCUCAGAUCCCUAGCUUGGUUUCUGCCGAUACUGCAGUUGAUCCUCUUUCGUUACUUACGAGCAAUAUAUCGUUCGGUACAGAAGUCGAAGUCCAGCUAGGGAAACGCCUUCAGGCUUCAAUCGUUAGGCAGAUGAAGGAAUCCGAGAUGGCAAUGCAGUGGACCUUGAGCUAUCAGCUAACGAGUCGCUUGCGCGUGCUCCUACAAUCUGCGCCAUCAAAACGUCUCCUUUUUGAGUAUUCUGCCACUUCGCAGGAUUAACUGCAACAAGAUCUAUGGAAGAAUUGAUCUUGCAGUUUGUGAAUACAAUUCAAAUAAAAUUCACACGUUUCAAACGGGUUGAGAAAGAGGAGGGAGGGGGUUUACAGUGACUAUUUGUAUGUG